AUGUCUCAACAUCCAUCAUCAUCUGGUUCUAAAUCCUCCCAACAUGCAAAGACUCCAUCCAUGGAGUUUGUUGAUGAAGACGUGAUGGACGUCACUCCUCUGUGCAUGAUACCUGGCAACACCACAGGCCCCUCCUCCAAUGCUGGAGAUAAGCAAGGUAAUACCUCUGGUAACUCCUCUCUUCCAAAAGACAUGUAUUAUGUUGAUCGUGCUAUAAGAAAACUAGUCACGAGGAUUCUGAGUGAAGGGCAUAAAGUUGAAGGGGUUUCUACCCCUCUGUCCAGAAAGGAACCCUCUCUUGAGGGAGAACCUCAUGCUGAUAAAGAUGAUGACUCAUCUAGAUCAGAAAAGGAGGUUGCUGCUGAAGGGCUUUGCUCUCUAGGUAAAACCCUACCUAUCCAGAAACCAAAUGUGCCUCAAGAAAACAUUAUUGACCUAGAGGAAGAAAGCUCUGAAGGAGAGGAUGAUCCUUUGGUUCAUCUGGUAAAACCUAGUGUAGCUGAGAAACUGAGAACUAGGAAAGGGAAAAGUGUGGCUAAAAUAAGAGCUGCUAGAAAGAAAAAGGCUGCAGGGAUAGGACCCUCAAAACCCUGGAGCAAGGUUGAGGUUGGGAAAAGAAAAGAAAGAGAUAGCUAUGACUCUGAGGAGGAUGUUAAAGACGAUGUCCCAGACAUCUCCCCUGCAAAAAGGCAGGUUGUUCAGAAAUCUUCUGGCAAGGCUGCUGCUGUACAUCUAGACAAUAUCUCCUUUCACUUGGAAGAUGGAGCAGCAAAGUGGAAAUAUGUCGUUCAGAGAAGAGUGGCCAUUGAAAGAGAGCUUGGACAAGAAGCUGUAGAGGUAAAGGAGGUAAUUGAGCUGAUCAAAAAUGCUGGACUCAUGAAGACUGUGUUGACUCUACCCCAAUGCUAUGAGGGAAGGGAGUCUACAGCUAAAGGAAGCUGGAUUGACCAACUAAAAGAGACCUGCAAGGAAUUGGACAAUGGUAUAAGGGUGGCCAAGGCUAGAAAAGAGGCUUUAGAAGUUCUUAUCUGUAGCCUGGAGAAGGAAGAAGUAGAAAAGGUUGGGAAGGACUCAAAUACAAGAUCAAAAUCCCAUGCCAACGGAAGUUAUGGAAGCUCAGAAGAUUUUGAAGGUGCAGGUGACGACACAAGUGAAGGUGAAGAUGAUUCUUCUUCUUCAGAUUAA